CGCCGUGUGGUGUACCAGAGUACUGCAAUUAAGGUGGGCGUAGGAACCACUCUACCAACCAUUGUUUCUUCUCGGAUUGUAAAUUCUGAUGGUGAAACCAGGCAACUCGAAAGCACAGCCUCUCUUGUCGUCAGCGACAUAUCAGAGUCUGGCAACGUUUGAUGCAACACUGACGAGUGAGACCUCGUUUAUUCCCCUUUUCUCUAGUUCACUAUGAGCAGAGAGUCCAGAAUGAGGGCGACAGUAAACCAGAAGCUGACAGAGAUGGGCGAACAAGAGAGACUGAAGGAGUUACUGAGAGCUAAGCUCACUGAGUGUGGAUGGAAGGACCAGAUGAAGGCUCACUGCAAAGAAGUAAUCAAAGAAAAAGGCUUGGAGCAUGUUACUGUGGAGGACCUGGUGGUGGAGAUCACUCCUAAAGGAAGAGCCUUGGUGCCAGAUAGUGUCAAGAAAGAGCUUCUCCAGAGAAUAAGAACCUUUUUAGCUCAGCAUGCCACAUAAUUUUGAUUUUUACCAUUUUAAUAUUUCGUCAGACCAUUUGCCUAUACUCUCAUGAUAUAGAAUAUUUUAAUGAAUUGAUUUACUUGAAUUUUCAGUGACAUACAGUACUGACACACUUGGCUAUUUGGUUGUGUGUUUUUACCUGUGACUACAGUUAUCAAAUAUUUGUAAAUGCACUUACCUUGCACCUUUGGUUUAUGAGACCUUUGUAUAUGAGAAAUAAAGUUCUUGAUUAAUUGAA